ACCAAAGUCCAUUUUUUUGAAAUAUGUGCAUGCUUAUUAUCUCAAAAUUUUAUGAUAACGAAGCAGUUAUGUUCUAUUUAUCCAGGCUAUAAAGAACAAGAACUCAAGAAAAUGUAUGGGAUUUACAACAUCAACAAAUGCCGUGUGCCAGUUGUCAUGCUGCUGGUUGGCAUUCUUCUUCUGAUACCUCAAGGCUUUUCACUGGUUUGUCCUUCUGUUUGUCAGCGUUGUUCAAGGACUUUAGUACAGUGCUGCAACUUGGGUUUCACAUCGGUUCCUCGGAAUUUUGCGAAGACCACUUCACUUAUUUACCUUAGCAGGAAUAACAUUUCUAAUGUAACACCUAAGGAUUUAGAAGGAUUUAACAGGCUGUCAUCACUUUUCCUUGAUAACAAUGGUCUCAUCGAUAUACAUCCUCAAGCUUUUAUUAGUCUCACGAACUUGUACUACCUACAUUUGAAUAAUAACCAGAUACAGUACAUCAGGCAAGGGAUAUUUGGAAGUCUUUCAAAACUUCGAUAUUUAUACCUACAACACAAUCACAUUCUUUCUAUUCCAAGAGGAUUAUUUUCUGAUUUGACCACCCUUCAAUACUUACAACUGGAAGGAAACUCCCUUACUGUACUCAAUAAUGGAAUGUUCACAGGUUUAAUGAGUCUUCAUACACUGCAGCUCGCUAACAAUAAAAUUUCCUGGAUAUCUAAUUCCUCAUUUAACCAGCUCACACAACUGGAGUUUCUCAAUCUGCAGGGCAAUUACUUAACAUGGAUCCCAUCAAAUACUUUUGUUCAGCUUAAGAUCCUGAAACGUCUCAUCUUAUCCAAUAACCCAAUAAAGUUGAUCCAUGCUAAUUUAUUUAAUGGAUUAGAGAGUCUCAAAUUUCUUUACCUCAGUAAUUCCAAAAUAAAAUCCAUAGCAAAAGAUGGCUUUACUGCAAUGAAGAACUUAAUACAUUUAACACUAAGUAACAACAGCAUAAUUCAUGUUAAAUCUGAUGCUUUUAAAAUGUUGCAUCUUGGGUAUUUGAGGCUUGACCAUAACAAUAUAUCAUUUAUUGAGCCUGAUGCAUUCAAAGGAAUGACAACAACUUUGAAAGUUCUGCACUUGGCCAAUAAUCAUCUUACAAAUUUGCUUCCUGAGGUUCUGAGACCACUGGCCUCUCUAAAUCAUUUACUAAUGAAUGGCAAUCCCUGGGAGUGCAACUGUAACUUGCUCGGUUUGCGUAGAUGGCUCUUGUCAUCCUCAUUGAAGUUAAAUAUUCGUUGUCAUAGUCCAUCCCAGCUACGUGGUAAAUCCUUGCACUACAUCAGUGUAAAUGAAGUCAGUGGAUGCAAUAACACUUUGGUACCUUUGGGAUUAGAUACUGAAAAGAGAUCUCCAACUAUUGGCAGAAUGUUGACCUCCGUAAAAACAGAUACCUCCACUGUUUAUUUCAAGUUGGAGCACUAUUCUGUCACAGUGCAAGAUUUUAGAGAUGCGGUAUUUGCCACAGAAGACACACAGACGUACACAAGCAUGCUACCAGGGCAGCUACCAAAGGCAUAUGAAUCUGUAAAUUUAACAACAUUUACAGCUUCUGAAAUGGCAUCAAUUUCAAUCAAGCCUUUGUUCAUCUGUGAACAAAAUUUAGAAAAGUUGAACCAAGCCUUUGAUAUACUCUUGGUCUUUUUCAUCUUAGCCUGUGCAGCAAUUUUACUCCUGAUUUACAAAAUUCAGCAACUGCGUAAGAAACUCAAGGAUGCUGAGGCAGAAGGAGACAAUGUCCUAGAGUAUUACAGUGUGUAUCCAUAUGCAAGGUAUUAUGUGACAGACUCAGACCAAGGUAUACCUCCUGAACCUGUGAGAAAUCCAAAUGUGGACCAAACCAGUAAUCUAGAGAUAGAAUACCCUGCUAACCAGGCUCAAGUUAUUCUCUUUGAGCACUCAGUUUUAUGAUUGUAUUUAUAUUUUUGAUGUACACUGAAUAGCAUGUUAUCAUUUAAAGACAAUAGUUUUUGAUUUUGAUCAGUUAAUUGGAGUUUAAAAUGUGUCUGUGUAGUUUGUCAUCUUACAAGAACCCCCUGUGCUUAUUUUAUGCAAGUCUACCAGUAAACAUCACAAAGUGGUUUUUUUUUUGCUGCAGCUUGGAAACAGAUCCUUCAAUCCAACUUGCCCAUGUGGACCAGACAUCCUAAAUCAAUGUAGUCCCAAUUGCCCCGUAUCCCUGCAAACUCUUCCUGUUCAUGUACCCAUCCAGAUGCAUUUGUACCAGCCUCCACCACUUUCUCUGGUACCACCCUCUGUGUGGAAAAGUUGUUCCU